ACCAGGAACUGCUAUGUACCGCGGAUGCCUGCUGUAUUUCUCUAGAUUUCCCUUAAGACGUUGCGCUCCACUGACAAGGUCCAUCACACAUUCUCGGGGUAAGUACGCUGUCUGCACUUGGGACGACUCAGUUUUCGUGGACACGGACAACGCAGCUGAAAACGUUGUAGCAGAAGCGUUGCGCGGGGGAUGCGGGAUGAGGCGAAGAUGAUCAGCUCAGCAUCGAUCGACUCGUCUUUGAGGAUUCCCUGCAGUCACCAUCUUCUGUGAAGUUUCGAACGUCGGGACCCUGGCCGUCUGUGUCGAUCUCCGGCCCGGUGAUCACCAAUGACGUUGAUGCUCGAAUUCAGUGCAUAUACGGGAUGAGUUCUUCACGACUGCAAAUACUGUAUCACAGAUUUUGUCCCAGUGAUAUCCUGCAAGCUGAAUCCAUCUCCUCAAUUUUUU